AUGAAGAAGAAACGGCUUGAAUGGUGCUUGAAACACAAGAACUGGACUCUGGAGGAUUGGAAGAAUGUUAUUUGGUCUGAUGAGACCUCUGUUAUCCUGCUUCACCGCCGUGGAGGCUACAGGAUUUGGCGCAGAGCUGAUGAGGCCUUUUCCAUUGAAGAGAUUGAGCAAAUGAAUAAGAAGCUGGAGACUGGUACCAAAAUCCUUAUUCCAAAGCUCCUUCCAUUUGCCAAAGCCUGCGCAAUCAAACAGCCGAAUACUAUAGUGCAAGAAGACAAAGCCCUGUCACACAACCACCACGUACAACAGCUUGUAUAUGAUAAAGCUGAGGUGCAGCGGCUGCUCUGGUGUGGGAAUUCCCCAGAUCUCAACCCAAUUGAGCCUUGCUGGCCAUGGAUGAAGCGGUAUACAACCAAGAAGGGGGCUCCGAAGAAUCGCAAAGAUGCUAUCAAGGCUUGGGAGGAUUGCUGGAAUAUGCUCUUGCAGAAGCAGAUUCAAUCCCGGAUUGAACGGGUGCCAGUCCAUAUUCAAAAGAUUAUUGAGCUAGGGGGUGGGAAUGAGUAUAGGGAAGGCUGUACGCAGCAGGAUUGGAGACAGAAGAAUCCUCAGCAGGCUGGGCAGCAAGAUGAUGAGUUAGAAUGGGUAGAAAUUUGUAUGGAGCAUAUCAAUCAUAUCACUAUCCCCACUUUCCUUUUUCGGCAGCAGCGAUAG